AUGACGUCCGAUACCUUUGCCGCCGUCGACGAGCAGCGACGCAACCGCAUCAUCUCGCACAUGAACCAGUCCCACGCCCGUGAGCUCGCCCACUACCUGCGUCACUACGCCGCCGUCCCCCGUCGCCAUGCCGUCGCGAGCCCGUCCCUGCAGGACGUGACCCUCCAGGGCAUGCGCAUCCAUGCCGACGGAAACGACUACGUCGUGCCCUUUGAGCCCCCCCUGGUCUCCUGGGCCGACGUGAAGGCGCGAAUCAUCGACAUGGACACGACCGCCCGCGAGCACCUCGGCAUCAGCGACAUCUUCAUCACGCAAUUCGCACCGCCCGAGGGCUUCGACUGCGCCAUCUUCGCCGCCGUCGUCUUCUACUUUGCUUGCGUCGCCAGCCUGCCCUGGGUCGUCCCCGGCAGCAUGCUCUACCGGGCCGUCGCCGCCGUCUUCCCCGGCGGACCCGACUGGUACAAGUGGCUCACGCGCCUUGUUUUCUUCCCCGUCAUCGGAAUUCACCUCACCGAAACCUACUUUCUCAACCGAAAACUGCAGCGGCACGGCGUCGAGCCCUGGUCCGGCCUAUGGUGGCGCUGGGUAUCGAGCGGCUUCAUCGAGGGCUAUCCCGCCUCCAUGAGGGUCGAUCGCGUCGUUGCUCGGAAGCGAGCAGAAAAGGAAGGCAGGAGCCAUUAA